GUUUGAGAAACGCUACGAUCAAUAUUGGCUGAUAACGGACGUUGAACUAUCGUGAUUGUACUCGUGACGUGAUAGAAGUGACUUUUCGAAAAAACCCAAUAUUGGAUCCCAAAAAGAAGAAGAUUCGUGCUAAUGUGUUUCGGCGAUUUAAUCUCAAGCGAAUGAAUUACCGAAACUGUUUUGGACAGAUAGUGCAGAUACAGUUCCGUACGUUCCUACAAACUACGGAAAGUCCACACCGGAAGCGUGGUUUUCCCGGAGGCGAACCCACCCACGGCAGCAGUGGCGUCCACUAGGGGAAUUGUAGAACUCGAUCAAGUUAAACGUGUGCAACUAGUUCUAGGACGUCAUACAAUCCAACUGCUGUGAGAGGGAAAUGUAAACUAUUCAUCUCCAAGAGAAGCAAAUAGAACAGUUUUCCGUUAUAGUGAUAGUGCAGUUUGCAAAUUUGUAGCUGUGAUAAAAGUGAUAUAGUAUUAGAGACCUUUAGAUUCUUUAAGUGUAAUUCAAACCAAAAACUUAUUAGUAAAAAAAAAGUUACUUUGUUCUUACAAAGGAUACACAAGAUGGAGAAAUUAGUUGUAUUGCUCGCAUUUGUUGGGUGCACUGUGGCCGUCAAGGAAUCAGAACAUAUUGAUUUGCCCAAGUGUGGAAGUGAGGAGAUGGUGCACAAAGGAGAAUUUUCGCCUUAUGAUUAUUCAGCUGUUGGUUUUAUGCUUUUUGUAUCGCUCGGUAUCGGAAUAUUCUACGGAUAUUUUGGAAAAUCCAAAAAGGAUGCCGACAGCCCGAGUUCCAACGAUUUCCUGCUCGGUUCCGGCAUGACCGUUUUCCCAGUAACACUCAGUCUGACCACGAGCUUCAUCACUGCAAUAGAGCUUCUGGGAAAUCCAUCGGAAAUGUUUUUCAGUGGCACCCAGUACGCCCUAAUAGUAAUUUCCGCUCUGCUCGUCAUCCCCGUUGCCAUUAAACUGUUCUAUCCGGUCUAUUAUAAGAUGAACCUUACGAGCUGCUAUGAGUAUCUGGGAUCGAGAUUCGACAACAAGAUUCGGAUUUUCGGAGCGAUUCUGUAUAUUUUACAGAUGGCGUUCUACACGUCGGUGGCCGUCCUGGCACCUGCCAUUGCCCUCUCCAAAGCAACAGGUCUGGAUACGCACGUGGCCGUGGCGCUGAUCUACUUUGUGUGUAUCUUUUACUCAUCGCAGGGCGGUAUGAAGGCUGUCGUUAUUGCUGACACAUUCCAGGCGUGCGUUCUUGCUCUAUCCUUACUGCUGGUGGUAGGCUUCGGGUCGUACUACACUGGAGGUCCAGCGGAAGUAUUCAGUCGUGCCCAGGACAACUCACGCAUUGAAUUAUUCAAUACCAGCACCAACCCAACCACCCGGCACUCGAUCUACUCGGUGGUAAUCGGUGGGUUUUUCUAUUGGACGUCACUGUUUUGCACAAAUCAGGCAUCGGUUCAAAAAUGUAUGUCAUUAAAAUCGAUGAAAAAGGCAAAAACAGCAAUUUGUUUCGCGAUUUUAGGCUUGGUGUUGGUUUUUCUGUUCAACUUCUACACGGGGCUGAUGACUUUUGCACACUACACCGAAUGUGAUCCGCUGCGGUCGGGGCAGAUCAGCGAGAAGGACCAAUUGGUGCCGUUCUACGUGAUGGACGUGAUGGGACAUGUGCCCUUCAUGACGGGGAUUUUCGUCGCGGGAAUCUUCGCUGCCAGUCUGGGGACUGUUGCUGCCGCACUCAAUUCGCUAUCGGCCGUCACGUGCGAGGAUAUUCUGGUGACCGGGAUCGGGAUGAAGCUUUCGCCGGAACGGAGCGCCCUGUAUGCCAAAUGGAUGUCCCUGGGCUACGGAAUCAUCUCAUUCAGUCUGGUAUUUGUGGUGGAACGACUCGGUGGCAUCUUGCAAGCCACCCUCACACUAAAUGGCCUUAUCGGUGGAGUAACGCUGGGGCUGUUCUCCCUGGGGAUGUUCUUCCGGAAUGCCAACAGCAAGGGAGCCUUGUACGGCGGCAUCCUUUCGUUGGCAUUUGUCAUCUACAUUGGAAUAAUGGCCCAAAUUGACGGCGAACCGGUAACAUUCCUGCCGUCCUCGAUGGAUGCCUGCAACUGCACUCAGUCAUCAUUGUCAGUUUCGUCAAUUUUGUCGGACCACUCCCGUGGGUUGGUUUACGACCGGAUCGGUGACGGACCAGUCAGCAUGGCUCUGGUAGCCAUGGAUCCGUCCGGAGCCCUGUCAACGGCUGCUGCCACCCUCGUUGGUGAUAAAGUGCUUCCUGCUGGUAGUGCUGCUUCUAUGGAAAUUAUGUCCCGUUCCUCCGACGAAUCCCCGCUGGCCUCAGUGUACCGAAUCAGCUACAUGUGGUACUCGCUCCUGGGAACUUUCCUGACUGUGUUCUUCGGUUUCGUCAUCUCCCUGAUGACGGGGGGUGCCAACCUUUGUGGAGGCAAGCAUACUGCGGAUCUGCUGCCAACACUUCGGAACUCAUUCAAACAGGAUGAAAGCUGCAACGGAUACAAGCACUCGAAGAAGGGUGAUGAGGAAGGGGGAAGAAAAUCAAUUACGAGAGAUGGCUCUAUCCGAAUCCAGGUUGGAGCACCGAUGACGAUGAUGAUGAAAACCAGUGUCUCCGGCAAGAAAUCAAUGAAGGCAAAGGGAAGCAUUCCUGAUGAAGGUAACAUAUUCGCAACCGAAGGAUAUCGCAAUCAAGCCACCCCGGUAAGUCCCGGCAGCCUGGCGUUGGAGGUGGAACGUGGAAAGUUUUAAUUAUGGAUUUUAGCAGCUUGUCUCUUUGCUUGCCACGGGUGGUUCGUGCCCCUUGGGGAGAUUAUUUUGGAAUCCUGUGUGAGGAAUGUAACCUGGAGAGCUUUCCGAUCGGUUGCGAUUAUAAAUUAUUAAAAACUUGUUUAGGUUACUGGAAAAAGAUACAUUUAGUUUUGUAACAAAAGCUCAUACAAUUUUCACCAUUUGAUAUCAAGCGAGGGAGAGAAAGCGAGAGAGAGGUUAUCAAUCGAGAAAUUCACAUUUCUGUUUGAUUUCUCUUGGUUGAGGCCGACUAACGAGUAUCUAUCGUACUAGACUUCCCCAUAUUUCUUUUCACAUAUCCAUAAGGCAUUGACUAUAUUAGGCUUGAUAGGCCAAUGGAUGAAUUUAUACACGGAAGCAAUAUAAAGUACAAAUAUAGGACUAGAUGGCUCCUGUUUUCCACAGUAGAAUGGUGAAAGAGAGAAUGCAUUUGCUAAUUACUGGAAUGAUGAGUUUUUAAUUGACAGGAAAUUGUACCUUGAGAUUGUUGGUUAUUUCAGCAAUUUCAUUCCAUCUCGGAAUCGAUCGUUCGCAUAUUUAUUGACGAUAGGAUAAUUUUAUUAGGAUCUUAAUUUAUCGAAGCGAAAUUUGAUACUACCAUAUAAAGUAUAAUAAAUCCAUGCAAAUA